AUUUAAGUCAAGAGACAGAGACACAGACCUGUCCUUCUUGCCCGUCCACUCGUCCACUCGUCCACUCGUCUGGUAGCUAGCUGCCCAGUGAAGAGACUGUUCUAGAGUUGGAGGAGUCAAAGGCAGGUUGAAGUAGAAAAGGAGCAGGACCUCACCUCGCCGCUCCACUUGGACGGAGAACUGAAAUAAGGAGGAAAGUCUGCGUCUGUGUUGUGAAUUUCUGUCAGACAGGACCAAGCAAAUGGGUUUCACUGACCUGUUGGACCAGGUGGGUGGGUUUGGCCGAUACCAGUGGCUUCAUGUGACUUUGAUCAGUUUACCGGGUUUGUUGAUGGCGAGUCAGAACCUUCUCAACAACUUUAUCUCAGGAAUCCCUAACCACCACUGUAUGGUGCUGGCCAAUCACAGCCUUCUCAAUCUUUCCCUGCAAGAGGUGGACGCUCAGCAGCUGCUGAAGGUCUUCAUUCCUUCGGACGCUUCGGGAAGUCGCCUAGAACGCUGCAGGAGAUUUGUGCAGCCUCAGUGGCAGCUGUUAGCUGCUAACAACUCUUCUAAUGGAAGUGAGCCACAGACUGAAGAAUGUCUGGAUGGAUGGGUUUUUGAUCGCUCUGAGUUCCAAACCACCACUGUCUCCGAGUGGGACUUGGUCUGCCUGCGUCGUCCCCUUAAACAAAUGAUCCAAACCAUCUACAUGGGUGGAGUUCUGGCUGGUGCCAUCAUCUAUGGGAGUCUGUCUGACAGGUUGGGGCGGCGUUCUAUCCUUAUAUGGUCGUACCUGCAGCUGGCCGUGUUAGGCUGUUGCUCUGCCCUCUCUCCUACGUACUCUGCUUACUGCAUCUUCAGGUUCCUGAGUGGAAUGGCAGUUUCAGGAAUCAUCCUGAAUGGAGUCUCACUGAAGGUGGAGUGGAUCCCGACAAGAACUCGAACUCUGGUGGGCACACUCAGCUCCUUUUUCUUUACCUUUGGUCAGAUGAUCCUGGCUGGCCUUUCCUGGUGGCUGAGAGACUGGAGGAAGCUGCAGGUGGUCGUCUCUGCACCUCACUUCCUCUUCUUCGCUUACAGCUGGUGGUACUCGGAGUCUGCUCGCUGGUUGGUGAUGAAUGGUCAAGCUGAGAAAGGGUUAAAGACUCUUCAUCGAGUGGCAAGAAUCAAUGGGAAAAAGGAGAUGAUUGACAAGCUGACUCUGGAGGUGCUACAGUCACAUAUGACCAAAGAGGUUGAGUCCAGUCAUUUGAGGUUCACAGCCUAUGACCUUCUGAGGACCAGAGGCAUGAGACGCAUCUCCAUCUGUCUGAUGGCUGUGUGGUUCUCAACCAGCUUUGCAUACUACGGUUUGGCCAUGGACCUACAGAAGUUCGGGGUCAGUAUCUAUGUGGUCCAGCUCAUCUUCGCAGCUGUUGACAUUCCAGCCAAAAUUCUGACCCUGGGCAUGCUCAGUUGGCUGGGGAGGCGGGUCUCUCAGGCCCUGUGUCUGUUCCUGUCUGCUGUCAUCAUCUUUGCCAACAUCUGCGUCCCCACAGACAUGCAGACUGUGAGGACGGCGUUAGCGUGUCUAGGUAAAGGUUUGACAUCUGCAUCGUUCACCGUGGUCUACCUGUACAGUGGUGAGCUCUACCCCACCGUCAUCAGGCAGACCGGACUGGGCUUUGUAUCAACAAUGGCCAGAGUGGGAAGUAUGGCAGCUCCAGCUGUGCUCAUUUUGGAUGAGGUACUUCCUGCACUGCCCAGUAUGGUCUAUGGUGGGGCUGCGGUCUUGGCUGGGUUCUUUGCCUGUUUCUUACCAGAGACACUGAACGUCCCACUACCAGACACCAUCCAGGAUGUAGAAGAUAGAUGCUCUACACAACGUCCCUACUUUCAGCAGAAAGAGAGAGUUACACUUCAGGUGGGCUUGGUGUCAUCAGAGGGCGUGGCUUUGAAAGAGCUAAAGGAAAGUGAUGCAGCUGGUCUCAACAGACUCUAAACCAUCAAGAGCCAAAACACAUGGCUGCAACAUUACCAAAGAGUCUUUAAUGCUGUGGAUAAGGGCUGUAACAUCAUGAGAUCAAAGAUGUUCCCAUUAAUAAUAUUUUUUAAUUUAAAAAUACCAAUUACUGCAGUGACUGUGACUGAAACAUUGCAUGAGAAACAACAAUAAAGCGGGAAAAUUUUUCAGGUUCAAUUGAUCAGUGAUUGAUCAGGAAAUCAUCCAUAAAUGAUCAUUGAUAAUGAAAAAGUUUGAUUGUUGUUUUUAAUGUGUCGUUUUAACAUAACAUUCUUGUGAUGUCAUCAUUGAUGAUUGGAGAGUGAGAAAAUAUUGUUUGUUUAUUGAGUGAUAGUUUUGCUAAUUAUCAGAUUAUUUAUAAAUUGUUGAAAUAUUAAUUAAUUCUCUUUUCUUGUUUUGAUUUUUAAGUUUUUGUUCAGCAAAUAUUACAUAAAUUAUCUUAAAAACAACUACCUUGUAGUAUCAUCUUUGUCAUCAUCAUCAUCAUUAUGUAACCUUGCAAUGAAAUAAACCAUAGGUAGUGGAUUAAUUACAUGAUAAAAUCAUUGGACAAAAAUGAAAUAUUUGUGAUGUUUAAAAUAAAAACUAGUUUAAUA